AUUUCUGCAAAAAGAAUUACAUAUAUUGAGAUUUUUUUUUUUCAAAAAAAAAAGUAAUCACAAAACUGAGAAGUCUUUGGAAAAAAUUAAUAGAAAAAAAUGUAAAAAAAUUGUUUCAUCCUGAAAUUACGACGGUCUAACUGUGUUCAAGUUUUUAAUUAAUAAAUGGCCCUUCCACAAAGAAAAAUCCAACUGUUUGCCAAAAUUGACGGUGAAAAUGGUGAUAAAGAUACAUUUUGUCAAAUAAAUUCGGACACUUUUGAGAUAAAUGACUUUGAAAAAGAGCCAAUUGUCUGUAAACUCUACGUGAGUGCCUCCAAAAAAAUUCAUGAAUCUAUAUCAGGUCAGCAGUCCAGACCCCUAAAAUCUGCUGGAGAUUAUGACUGUCUCAUGCAAAAAAUUGAGAAAUUGAAUAGCAAAUUGGAUAACAUUCAUAAAGAGAUUAGUGAGAAAAAAUCAAAUGUUAAUGUUCACGGGCAGACAAUAUGGAUUACUGGAGUUGAAGGUCUUAAUAAUUUAAAUCUUGGUCAUAUCCAGACAGAAAGCAGACCAGUGCAAGAAAAUUUUUCAACCAAUGUCACGGAAAUAAAAGAAUAUGGCAUAAGCUUUACUCAGAAGCCAGAAGAAACUUUGCAAUCACAUGGGUUAGAUUAUCUUAAUGAGACCUACGAUAAAAGAGCUAUGAUCAAGUCCGAUGAUUAUUUGAAAAGCAGUUCAGCAGGACGUUUGUCUGUAAAUAAAAACGACCUCGAGCAAAUGAAAAUUACUGAUUCAAGUGCAUUUAUCAAAAAAGAAUGUGGAGAUAUUGAACUAGGAGUAGAUGAAAUGCAAAAAAUUUCUAUAUCUUGCGAAACAAUGUCUAAAAUUAAAAGUGGACCACCAGAAGAACUUUACUACUCAGACAGACGUUCAUCCAUUCCAACGGUAGAGCCCGUAGAGCUCAAUAAAAUGCAUCAUGAUGAUAGAAAAUCAACUAUGACUAUUAAUAGCUUCUGUACUAAUUAAAAAUAGUAAAUAAAUAAAAAUGUCAUACCUGUAUCA